AAUGAGCAUCCUAAAUACUGACGCCAGCCUCUCUCCCAGCUCGGUUUAUAACUACUCUUUUAAAGUAAAUCCUAUCACUGGGGCUCGGAAGGACAAGAAAAUUCUAAAUAGCGCAUUUCAUCUGAAUGUACUGAGAGCCCAGGGCUUGAAGAAAAGACUUAAGACAACCCAGAGAUCUUCUAGCGUUGAGCAUGCGCACAGUGAGCAGAGAAAGCUCAUGAUGACUGCUAGCUCAAGUUUUAUUAAGAAAAAGCUCAUGGAAAAGACUGAAAUCAGGAAGGGUCUCAAGCUGUUCAACAAGGAUUAUUGGAAGAAGAGAUUCUCUCCUAAUAAGGAGUCAAGCUACAUGGCUUCUUUCAAGCCGCCAACUAAAAAUGAUGAGUCCAAUAAGUGUAUGAAUUAGUGGGAGCAAUAUUAGGGCCAGAUAAACUAGUUUAGUUAGUAGCAAGUUUGUGUUGAAAAAAAUUAAGAGAAAACAAAGAAAACAGGCUUUAAAAUGUGGCAGAAUUUCUUUAUAACCCCAGCCUAGCCUCAUCCAACAUAGCUAACAUUACCAACAUCUGAGUCUCUUCCAAAGAAAGGAAGUUGAAAGAAUUCAGUUCGACUUCAAAAGAAAAAUCUUCUUUCAAACCAAUUGACAAAUUCAAGAACAUUCUCAAAAUCUGUGAAGCUAGACAAAAGCAGAAUUACAGCUGAGAAUUAGUCAAGAGGAAAAGACAUUUUAAACAGAUGUAUGAGACUAAAAGAUUUGAAAAAGCUAAUGAGACGCUUGAGGAAGGGUGAUAUGACCCCAAACAGGAUAUCAUACUUAUGGUCAACCGAUUCGCACCCAAUGGCUUUAAGUAUAUCAGAAAAGGACGAAAUCCGAGACCUAAGAUAGAGUUUUAUAGGAGCAAUAAGAAGGUAAAACCUCAAAUUCAGCUGAAUGCUAGAUGUCAGAAUUACUCGUCGAUGCAGAGAAUCUCUAGGUUAAUAU